GGAGGAGUGGGGAGAGAGGGACACACCUGGCUCAGUAACCUCAGAGUAUCAAAGAGGAGUGGACGUGCCGGCUUUGAAAAUCUCUUAAAAUAUAUAACAAACGAAAAGAAAGAAAAAGAAAGUGUGAUAGAAAGAAGAAACAAGAAGAAGAAAAGAUAAAGAAAGCACAAAAGAAAGAAUUAAAGAACGAAAUAAAUAAAUAAAAAUGAACGAAACAGGAAACGAAAAGAAAAGCUGAGUCAGGAAAAACACACAAAAAACAAGUGACAAAAAUGACUAACACGUGAAAAAAAAAAUCACCCAUACGAAAACCAAAAAAAAAAUCAACCAACCAUGAAUUCCUUUGCGUUCGGACUAGCAGCACUGACUUCAACCACCCUAAUCACCCUCACCACGGCCACAUGGACCUACGAGGGGACCACAGUCACCUUAGCAUUAGUCAACUACACUUAUCGAGACCCCAGGCGCGAUGGAGUGCUCGUGGAAGUUGGUCAGGUCGGAAAAUAUGCACCGGGUCAGGUCGCCAGCGCAUCCGGACGUGUCAUAGCCAGCCAGUCGAAGAUGGCGGGAAGUUCAAACGGUGAUCUGGAAGGGCCGUGUCAUUUUCCCUGGUCCCCGCCGUCCCCUGCCCCCAUCGGCCCCUGGGUUGCGUUGGUUGGCAGGGGAAGAUGUCCGGAUAAGGAUAAGGUGGCGAUUGCGGCUUCCAGUAAUGCGUCAGCUGUGAUUUUGUACUCCAAUGAUCCACAUAUUCACCUAAGGAAGAUUUCGAUGUCUGAGCCUGGCCUCCCCGUGGUGUGGCUGGGGGAGGAGGAGGGGCGGGGCCUGGCGGGGGUGGUGGGCGGGGGAGCGGAGGUGGUCAUCACACUCACCCCAGGGCACCACCUCAAAUACCACGUCACGAGUGUCAACAGACAGACACUGGGCAACCGCUUCGUCUCGGCCAAUCCUGUGUGUGAGCCGCGCAUGUUCCCGGUCGAUUGUUUCAUUGUGACGUCCGUGUUGUUCGUGUCCGUGUCCUUCAUCAUCCUCAUGGCCAUCUCCCUCGCCUGGCUCGUCUUCUACUACGUCCAGCGGUUCCGGUACAUCCACGCCAAGGACAGACUCGCGAGACAUCUUUGCAACGCUGCCAAGAAAGCCCUCGCGAAGAUACCUGUCAAGAACCUGAAGGCCACGGACAAGGAGGUCACGUUGGAGGGGGAGUGCUGCGCCGUCUGCAUUGAGCACUACCAGGCCGGCGAGGCGGUUCGAACCCUGCCCUGCAAGCACCAGUUCCACCGCUUCUGUGUCGACCCGUGGCUGUUGGAGCACCGAACUUGUCCUAUGUGUAAAAUGGACAUCCUCAAACACUAUGGCUAUGUGUUCUCAGGUAGCACAGAGACAGUGUUACCAAUUGACGAGGAAGGAUAUGAACUGGAGAUCAGAAUCCUGAGUGAGAGCGAGGAGAGUGUCAUGCAGCUGGACCUGGGUGAUGGGGGGGAGGGGGGGCGAGGGGGCCAGGACACUCCCCUCCCCCGGGACUCCCACACCCCCAGGAGUGCCAGGACCACCUCCCACAUCACCCCUGUGGUGAUGGUGUCAAGAAGUGAAAGUCUAAGAGAAGGAAGAGGAGGCCGAGGAGGAGGAGGUAGUAACAGCAUGGGCUAUGGUGGUGGAGGGAGUGCAGGUGGGAUGUGGCAUGAUGGGGGGCUCAUGAUUGGGAUGCCAGUGCCGGACAUCCCCAUCCACUCUCCCACCGCCCCCUCCUCCCUCUUCUCUCUCCUCUCCCCCUCCAAGAGUGUCUCCCCGUCCCUCUCCACCUCCUCGUCCUCUUCCACAUUGGAGAAAUUCACUCCGUUGAUUUCCGCACGCUCUCCACCUCCUUCUCCGCACCAUCCACAGAUGCAUACAGGAGCCGAUCACCCUCACACCACCACUGACGCAGAAGCAGAGGCAGACUUGGAGCUGUCAUCUGUGUCGUCCCGGGAGACGUCGCUCUCCUCCACUGCCACAGCCGCCUUGCCCCCGCCCCCCCACAGCCCGGCGGUGGGGGGGCCGUCCGCCACCCUGGAGUGUGUCCAGGUGGUGCCCGUACCUGUGAGGCAAACACAGGCACAAGAAGAGAAGAAGCAAGAGGAAGAUACAAGAAAAACAACGAAAGAGGAAGAAGAGGAGGCGGAAGAGGAGGAGGCAACAGCAACAACCUCAUCUAACCCCUCCUCCUCCUCCUCACACCCAACCCCCCCAAAGAGGUCAAGGUCACGCAAGAGGUCAGCGCCAGAGGGUAGCAGUCCGCCCGUGACCCUGCCGUCCUCUGCCAGCCAUGUGGUCAGCGUGUCACACUUCUGAGGGGGGAGGAAGGGUGUCUAAAGGGGGGCUUUCAACAGUGCCGAUAAACAGUGCCAUGGUGAAGGAUAGGAACUAACCAAUAGUGCCGAUGUGUGUGUGUGUGUGUGUGUGUGUGUGUGUAGGGAAGGAGGAGGUGAAGUAGAGAAUGUACAGGGAGAGAGAGAGUGUGAGGGAAUGAAAGAGAAGAAGGAAGGGAAAAUAAGGGAGAUUAGAGCGAGGGAGGAAAGUUAGAGAGAAAAAGAUAGAAGGUAAAAACUGUCAGAAUAGAUGAAAAAAGAACUAACAGACAACAUAAGUGAAGUGUGUUAGAAAGCCACAGAAAACAAA